AUGGCGUCAAUAUUUUUAAAUAAAAAAACAAUAGAGACUAACAAUUUUAUUUUUAAUGACAAUCGUCCAAAAAACAUAAAAAUUGUAGAUAAAAUAAAAUCAUCAACAGUUGAAUUCUUUCAUUCAAUUCAAAAACAUAUACAACAAGUAAAGGUAGAGAAUAAUAACAAUAACAAUAAUAAUAAUAAUAAUAGCGAAAACAAUAAAUAUAAAAGAAGUCAAAGUGAAGAAAAUAUAAAUAACUAUAUUCAAAAUCAUUUUAAUCCACCACAGCCACAAAAAAAAAGAAAUAUUUUAUUCAUUUUUCAAAACUUAAUAAAUAGCGGUAAUUCUAAUAAUAAUAAUAGUAGUAAUAGUAGUUGUAAUAGUACACCAUCGACAUCACCUUCAUCAACACCAAGAUCAACAAAUUCACCAAGAUCAACAUAUUCACCAAGAAAUAAUAAUAAUAAUUUUACAGAGUCGUCAAGUGAUAAUCAACAAUUUGAUAUUACAUUCAAUAUGGUUGUUGAAAAAGAGCGUGUUAUAUUAACAGUUAAAGUUCCAGAAGUUGGAUUAACUAAAAAGAUAUUAUUUGAUAAAGUUGAGACUAUAAAAGAUGCAAUUCUAUUAGUAAUUGAAAAAUUACCACCUGGAUGUCUAGAUGCAUCAGAAUAUAAUUUAUUUUUACCACAAAAGAAUCAAUGGUGUAAAAUUGAUUCACGUUUUUCAAAAUAUCAAUUCAAAGAGAAUCAAGAAAUUGAAUUUAAAAAAGAUUCAAGAGGUGGUGUUUCACAUAUGUUAUCAAAUGUUGGUAAUUUAUUAACAAGACCCUAUAGAACCAUUUAUAUUAAAUUACCAGAGAUUGUAACUGUUGGUACAUUACCACCACUUCAAAUAAAUGGUCAAAUUGGUGAUUUACCAUCAUUAAAUAAUAGUUUAAAUAAUAGUUUAAAUAAUAUAUCCAGUAGUAGUAGUGGUGGUACUGGUGGUGGUAGUGGUACUACUGCUGCUGCCACUGGCAGUUCUUUAUCAAAUUCAAAUUCAAAUUCAAAUUUACAAAAUUCACAAUCUGCAAAUAAUUCACCAAUUAUUCAUAGGCGUAGAACUUCAUCAUUUUCAUAUGAUCCAAAUAUACAUCAUUCAUCAUUAACACAUAGUAAUAGUAAUAGUAAUUUAAUAUCAACUAAUACAAGUUCUAUUGGAAAUAGUGCACCAUCACCAACUACAUUAGGUUCAAAACCAUUUUCAAUUCCAAAAUUAAAUUUAACUGAAAAUAAUUUAAACAAUUCAUCAUCUACAUCAUCAUCACCAAGAAAUAAUGGUAAUGAAGUUAUACAAUCAUCAUCGUCAACAUCAUCACCACGCGUAAACGCACCACCUCCAUUAGAACAUAAGAAAUCAUUUUUAAAUAUAAUUGGUAUUUCACCAAGAGGUACCAAUCGUGAACGUUCUUCAUCAACAAAUAGUUUAAAUAAUUCAACCUCAUCAUUAAAAUCAAGUAAUAAUAAUAUAUUACAACAGCAACAACAACAACAGCAACAUUAUGACUCUGCACCAACUACACCAAGAAAUUUUGGAACAUUUGUUAGAACUCAACAACUACAAAAUCAACAACAACAACUACAACAACAAGAAUCAAUUGAAGCAUUUGAUUUUGAAGAUGAUAGUACAUUAGGUGAAGUUUUAAAUAAAAUUUGUACAAGAUAUCAAUAUAUUGAAAAGGAUUUAUUAGAAGAUUAUAGUUUAAUUACAAAGGAUGGGUUAUGGUUUGUUGAUCGUAAUAAAACAAUUACAGAACUCGGUUUAAAACAUAUGGAUGAAGUUGAAUUUAAACGUAUGACUCAAAAAGUUAAAGUAGUUUUCUUGAAUAAAGAAAUCGUUUUAAAUUUUAAUCCAUCUGAUACAUUAAAAGAAAUUAAUUAUAAAAUCAUUGUACAUUAUUUACCAUCAUUAAUUAAAUUAAGUAGAUCAAAUUCAAUUUUAUCAUCAUCUUCAUCUUCAAUUUUUUUAAAUCAUCAAUCAUCGUCAAGUUCAAACUCAUCAUCUUCACCGUCACAAUCAUAUAGAUCAUCAUUAUCAUUAGAACCUUUAGUAAUAAGUGAUCUUGAAAAUAGUCAAAUUCUUUCAAAUACACCAACCAUUACAACCGUUGGUAAUCAUCAAAUUUUAAAUUUACAACAACAACAAAAUAAACAACGUUCAUAUUCUGAUGCAAGUCCAUUAUCAUUUUCAAAAGAUUAUACUUCAGAAAUUUCAAAUCAUCAACAACAAAAUAUUGAAAAUCAUAUAAAUAGAAGGAAAAAUAGUAUUUCAACAAAUCCUUUAACAAAUAGUGGUAAUAUAGCUAAUAAUAAUAAUAAUAAUAAUAAUAAUAAAGAUAAAGAUGAUAAUAAUAAUAAUAAUAAUAAUAAUAAUAAUAAUAAUAAUAAUAAUAAUAAUAAUAAUAAUAAUAAUAAUAAUAAUAAUAUAGCGAGUAGUACAGAUACAAUUCAAUCAAAUAGUUCAACAGGUAGUUUAGGUAGUAAUAAUAAUAUAGCGUUUUCAAUUCAACAAAAUAGAUAUCCAAUACCUGAUAAUUUAGUUGAAUUUAAAGAUUUUAAAUUACAUUUAUCAGGUACAAAGAAUCAAAAUCCAAAUAUAAAUCAGAAAUUUGAUAUGUUAUUAGAUGAACGUCGUACACUUUCAUCAUUUAAUUUUUGGAAUAACAUAAAAUUACAUUUUAAAAAUUCUUCAAAAAGUUUACACUCUGACUCAAAAAGAGUUGCUCCAACUUUACCAUUCUAUUUACAAAUUGAAUCUGUUGAACAAUUUAGUGUUAGUCAUAUUUUAGAAUUAGAAGGUACUUUAUUAAUUUCUGAUAUUUUAAAAUCAUUUAAUAGAUUACUUUUAAAUAAUGAAAAUAUAAAAAUAAACGAUCCAUUAGAUGAAUAUGGAUUAUUUUUUAAUACUGUAAAUAAUGGAAAUAGAGAAGGUUUAAGUUAUGGUAGUUCAAUUUAUUUAGAUCCAUAUAAAACUUUAUCACAUUAUCCAAUGAUUGAACCAUUGGAUAAAUUAAUGUUUAAGAGAACAAAUACAAUAUUUGGUGUUGAUCCAAAUACAAUUGUAUCAAAGAUUGACCCGAUAACUGGAUUUAAUAUACCAUGUUUAUUAUUAGACUUGAAACAAAAGUUUAUUGAAUUGGAUGGGUUCUCAAUUGAAGGUAUAUUUAAAACAAAUAACUAUUAUGAUUUAACAUUCACUGAAAUCAUUAAAGAAAUUGAGAAUGGUACUUUAUUAACAAGCAAUAAUCCAAAUGUUGAUGCUAUUGGUAUUGCAUGUUUCAUUAAACGUUGGUUUUCAAAAUUACCAAAAAAGAUUUGUUCACUUUUAGAUGAUGAAACUUUACUUUAUGCUUCAACUCAAGAAUCAACUGCUGAAGCUUCAUUAGAUUCAAUUCCUCAACCUUAUAGAUCCUUACUAUUAUGGUUAGUUAGAUUCUUAUCUGAAGUUUCUCAAAGUGCUUACACUAAUAAAUGUAGUGCUAAAAUCUUAGCAAUUGUAAUAGCCCCAAAUUUAAUUUCAAUUUCACCAAACAAUAAUAAUAAUAAUAAAGAAAAUAAUGAUCACCAUCAUCACCAUCACCAUCAUCAUAAUAGUCACCAUCAUAGAGAUAAUAAUAAUAAUAAUAGUAAUAAUAAUUCAUCAACAACACCAACUUCAUCAUCAGUUGGUAAAUAUACAAGUUUAGAGAAAUUACAUCAAUGUACUUUAUUCCUUAGAAAUUUAAUUAAAUUAAAAUUAAGAGAGAAUGGAUUCCUUCCAAUUUCAACUUCUUCAAUUUCAAUUUCAAAUUCACAUAAUUCAUCAUCUUUUAUCUCUAUGACUGGCACAAGUGAAACUUCUAUUCAUUCUUCAAAUUCUCCAAUCUCUUCUUCAAUCUCAAGAUCUCCUUCUUUAACUGAUAUUGUUGAAGAGUAA